GCAGACCUGGCUCGAUCCUUGGCGCCGAAUCCCCGCCCGCAACCACCUCCUCUCCCCCGCAGCUUGUCUGGGGGCUGCUGCACGGGCGGGCUGGGCACGUGGGAGCCUCCGUCACACCCUCACUCACACACACACACACACACACACACACACACACACACACACACACACACACACUCAAACAUACAUAUAGGCGCGAGUGCGCGCGCGCACUCACACACACAUACACACAUAAACCAAAACACACACAGCAGGAACCGCGCACCAGCAUCCCGUGCCAUUUCCCUGGCAGACACAGGCGCUCACGAGUCUCUUGGUGCCAGCCUGCAGGACAGCGACUCCCAAAACCAAGCUUGUCCUUGGCAAGCUGUUUCAGCUCUCCAGACAGCUUCUCUGCAGCCUCUGGCCCCGUUACCUGGAUCCGACCCUUUCUCGACCUAGGAAACAGUAAGAGGUGCAGGCUCCAGAAGCACCAGAGGUAUCUACAGAGUAUCUGGAUCAGUUCUGGGAUCCCUAAAAAUUCCUCACCUUGAAUCAAGGCUCUAUAUGAUAUUCUUCUCAGAUUUACAUCGUUUUGAAAAACAUUAGAAAAAGGACAUUUGCCUCAAAAGUGUCUUUUAAAGGAAUACUUUCCAAUGCCUAAGAAUAGCAAAGUGGUAAAGAGAGAUUUAGAUGAUGAGGUCAUUGAGUCUGUCAAGGACCUUCUGUCCAACGAAGACUCACCCGAAGAGGCGUUUAAGAAGAGUGAACUUAUCGUUGAUGUUCAGGAAGAGAAAGACACCGAUGUCGACGAUGGAUCUGAGGCAGAUGAUGAAAGGCCUGCUUGGAACAGCAAACUGCAAUACAUUCUGGCUCAAGUUGGAUUUUCUGUAGGUCUGGGGAAUGUGUGGCGAUUCCCAUACCUCUGUCAGAAGAAUGGUGGUGGUGCAUAUCUUCUGCCAUAUUUAAUAUUACUUCUGGUAAUAGGAAUUCCCCUCUUUUUUCUGGAACUUUCUGUGGGUCAAAGAAUUCGGAGGGGCAGCAUUGGUGUUUGGAAUUACAUAAGCCCUAAACUGGGCGGGAUUGGAUUCGCAAGCUGUGUAGUCUGCUACUUUGUGGCUCUUUACUACAAUGUCAUCAUUGGCUGGACGUUGUUUUACUUUUCUCAAUCUUUUCAACAACCUCUUCCUUGGGACCAGUGCCCCCUGGUGAAAAAUGCAUCUCAUACUUAUAUUGAGCCAGAAUGUGAAAAAAGUUCCGCCACCACCUAUUACUGGUACAGGGAAGCGUUGGAUAUCACCAGUUCCAUCUCUGAAAGUGGAGGCUUAAACUGGAAGAUGACUGUCUGCCUGCUGGCUGCCUGGGUCAUGGUUUGUCUGGCCAUGAUCAAAGGCAUUCAGUCUUCUGGAAAAAUCAUGUAUUUUAGUUCUCUGUUUCCUUACGUGGUACUUGUAUGCUUCCUAAUCAGAUCUCUCCUUUUAAAUGGCUCAAUUGAUGGCAUCCGACACAUGUUUACCCCUAAGCUCGAAAUGAUGCUGGAGCCCAAGGUGUGGAGAGAGGCCGCCACUCAGGUCUUCUUUGCCUUAGGUCUGGGAUUUGGUGGGGUCAUUGCCUUCUCGAGCUACAACAAGAGAGACAAUAACUGCCACUUCGAUGCUGUCCUGGUGUCCUUCAUCAAUUUUAUCACUUCUGUGCUGGCGACAUUGGUGGUGUUUGCCGUCCUGGGGUUCAAAGCCAAUAUCGUGAAUGAAAAAUGCAUUUCACAAAAUUCUGAGAUGAUCUUGAAAUUUUUGAAAGUGGGGAACAUUAGUCGGGAUGUCAUUCCCCAUCACAUUAACCUUUCAGCUGUUACUGCGGAAGAUUAUCAUUUAGUUUAUGACAUCAUUCAAAAAGUAAAAGAAGAGGAGUUUGCUGCUCUUCGUCUCAACUCCUGUCAAAUCGAGGAUGAGCUAAAUAAAGCUGUGCAGGGUACUGGCUUGGCUUUCAUUGCCUUUACAGAAGCUAUGACUCACUUUCCUGCAUCUCCAUUCUGGUCAGUGAUGUUUUUUCUCAUGCUGAUAAAUCUCGGACUUGGCAGUAUGUUUGGAACCAUUGAAGGAAUCAUCACUCCUGUUGUGGACACAUUCAAAGUGAGGAAGGAAAUACUCACUGUUAUCUGUUGCCUCCUAGCAUUUUGUAUUGGCCUGAUAUUUGUGCAGCGCUCUGGAAAUUACUUUGUUACAAUGUUUGAUGAUUAUUCUGCUACAUUGCCUCUGCUAAUUGUGGUCAUCUUGGAGAAUAUUGCUGUAAGCUUUGUUUACGGCAUAGAUAAGUUUAUAGAAGACCUAACGGAUAUGUUAGGCUUUGCUCCAAGCAGAUAUUACUAUUAUAUGUGGAAAUACAUUUCCCCUUUAAUGCUACUAACAUUGCUAAUCGCUAGCAUUGUGAAUAUGGGAUUAAGUCCUCCCGGCUAUAACGCAUGGAUUGAGGAGAAGGCUUCAGAAGAAUUUCUGAGCUACCCGGUGUGGGGGAUGGUUGUCUGUUUCUCCCUGAUGGCUCUUGCAAUACUUCCUGUCCCUGUUGUUUUCCUUGUUCGUCGCUGCAACCUCAUAGACGAUAGCUCCGGGAACUUGGCCUCUGUGACCUACAAGAGAGGAAGAGUCCUGAAAGAGCCUGUGAACUUGGAAGGAGAUGAUGCAAGUCUCAUUCACGGCAAGAUACCAAGCGAAAUGUCGUCGCCUAGUUUUGGUAAAAAUAUCUAUCGAAAGCAAAGUGGUUCCCCGACACUGGACACUGCUCCCAAUGGACGCUAUGGGAUUGGGUAUUUGAUGGCAGACAUGCCAGAUAUGCCAGAGUCAGACUUGUAGCUGAAAUGGCAGCAGCUGCCCGUGGUUCAUUUUUAUCAAUGGAUGUUGGUUCUACUAUGAGAAGCAUUGGGCUUCACUUGUCAGAAGGUGAUCUCAGGUGUCCAUGGCUGUGAUCUUUAAUCCCAACAGUAUAAGGCAGUCUAAGAAGCGCAUUCCUCAGUUUACAUUCGCACCGAAAUGAUUAAAAACAAAGCUUACAGUGACUGAGGUCAUAUUUUGCCAGGAUUUUUUUUAAGAAAAUACUUUUGGCAUAUUUUCAAGUAUUUCUAUCUCUUUAAAAGAAAACCAGGUGUUACCUCAGUUUCUAAUGAUUUCUGGAUUUAAUAUGAUUGGCAAUUUUAAAAUCAUUGGUAUAUCUUUCAAUUUCUAAUUUUGCCUUCAGGGCAAGUAAAUCCCAGUAUUACCAAGGACAGUUGUGAGAGUCCGUGCCUCUCUGCAUAAUUCCAUGAAUGUGUUCUGUAGAUAGGCUCUACUUAUUUAGGCACUUAAUUGAAGAAGACUGCGAAGUAUUUUCUUAUAUGACAGCCAUAUAGAACAACAGUAACAAAGAGUGAGUGAGAAGGCACUAACGCUGUAUGAAAUGUUAGAUUCAUAGGUGACAGAGGAUCACGUGAUGGCUGUAUAUAUUGUGUAAAAUAGGUGAGUGAAAAUGAUCUAAGUGUGAGUUGCUCCACACUCUCUAGAAUUAUGCAGACUCUGCAUUUUUUUAUGCCGUGUGCCUAAAAACCUACUUAAUAUUUAUUGUGGUUUCGAGAUCACUUAUAGUAUAUUUAUAUAAUAUACUUACAAUGUAUAGAGAUGCAUAUUGGGACUCUAAGCGCUGAUUUGAAAACUUGAAGCAAGAUAGUAUUUGAUUUCAUAUAUUUCUGUUUUGCUUCAUUUUAUGCAAAUAUAAAUCCUUUUUUAAGUGGUUGUUAAAACCGUAUGGCAUUACAUUUUAACCUACAAAUAAACGAAGUUUAAACAAUGGCA